CUCCUCUCACGGUAACUAAAGAUGGAGCCGUCGGAACACCUGUCAGUCGAUGUGGACCCGGAUGCUACACCGACCCCCGUGGCUCUGGACACCGCAGUGCUGCUGCUGGGAGCGGGAGUGACAGCCGUCACACACCCGCUGCUUUACGUGAAGUUGCUAAUACAGGUGGGACAUGAACCUCUUUCUCCAACUGUGGGCACAACGAUGUUUGGAAGAAGAGUCUUAUACUUACCUGGCUUCUUCUCCUAUGCACAUCACAUUGUGAAGGUGGAUGGAAAGAGGGGACUCUUCCGUGGCUUCUCACCUCGUUUCGUAACCAGUGCCAUCUCCACCAUGGUCAGGAGCAACGUUAAACAGCAGGUGGAGCUUCUAGCCAAAAGAGACAACCUUCAGACCUCACUCAAGAAAGUGGUAAGAGAGACCACACAUGAGAUGAUCAUCCAGUGCCUGUCCAGAGUAGCCACUCAUCCUUUUCAUGUUAUGUCAGUGCGUUGCAUGGCCCAGUUUGUUGGUAGAGAGGUCAAGUACAGUGGGAUGAUCAGUUGUAUUACCAACAUAUUUAAGGAGGAAGGAAUGGCUGGAUUAUAUGUAGGUCUCAUACCCCACAUGCUGGGAGAGGUUCUCUUCCUGUGGUGUUGUAACCUCCUCUCUCACCUUAUUAAUACCUACGCUGUAGAGGACAGUUUCAGUCAGGCCUCAGCAGUCAGAAGCUAUACUAAGUUUGUGAUGGGGAUUGCAGUGAGUAUUCUCACAUAUCCAUUCAUGUUGGUCGCUGAUCUUAUGGCAGUCAACAACUGUGGUCUGGCUGCAGGUCUUCCUCCUCGCUCUCCCAUCUUCAGGUCAUGGCUGCACUGCUGGAGUCACCUGAGCCACAAGGGUCAGCUCUACAGAGGAUCCAGCUUCUUUUCCCGCUGGGUGCCUGUCACCUCCCUGCCCUCCAUCGAGAACUGACAUCAUCACUGCCACCCUGCUGGGAUGUUCAGCAGAGACUCCAUUUCUCGCUUGCCAUC